CGAUAAUCUCUCUAUUAGCCUGUUAGCAGCUAGCAACACAGCACAACUUUCUCCUGCCCUCACCGGGCUAUUAUGAGUCUGAACAUGGGAUACUAAUAUCAUUUAUGAGCCUCACAGACACGAACGCGGAUUCUUCGAUGCAGACAUUUAUCUGACCAAUGGACUCUGAGUGUGAGACUGGGUGACAUUAUCAUCAUGCCAUCAGCGAAGGUGCUGAAGAGUGCCCAGUACAUUGAAUUGGGCAGUUACAAGUAUUGGCCAGUUCUGGUGCCCAGAGGAAUCCGCCUGUACACUUACGAGCAGGUGCCGGGAUUCCUACGGGAAAAUCCUUAUAUCACUGAUGGCUACAGAGCCUAUUUGACCUCUAGACUGUGCAUUAAAAGCCUUUUUAUUCUGUCCAAUGAGACGGUAAACAUCUGGAGUCAUCUGUUGGGGUUCUUCUUGUUCUUCACACUGGGAGUUUAUGACUUGUUGGCGGUGCUGCCUAUGUUAGGAGCGUCCAGAGAGGACUAUGUCAUCUACUCCAUAGGCCUCUUCUGCUUUCAGGUGUGCAUGCUGUGUUCUGUUGGCUAUCACCUGUUCUGCUGCCACCGUUCUGAAAAAAACAGCCGCCGCUGGAUGGCACUGGAUUAUGGCGGGAUCUCCAUCGGAAUCAUAGGCUGUUAUGUUCCAGGAGUGUUCUACGCGUUCUACUGUAAUAACUACUGGCGGCAGGUGUACCUGGUAACCGUUCUGGCCAUGAUGUUGGCAGUGUUCUUUGCCCAGAUCCACCCUCAUUACUUGACCAAGAAGUGGCAGAAGCUUCGCUCUGUUAUAUUCUGUGCUGUGGCGGGAUAUGGCCUAAUCCCCACCUUUCAUUGGAUCUGGCUCAGUGGGGGUUUCAGCUCAGACAUAGUCCAGGAAUUUGUUCCCAGAGUGCUGAUAAUGUAUGUACUUGCUGUAGCUGCUAUCAUCUUCUACAUGUCCAAAGUUCCAGAGCGUUAUUUCCCAGGUCAGCUGAACUACUUGGGCUCCAGCCAUCAGGUCUGGCACAUAUUGGUGGUGCUCAUGUUCUACUGGUGGCAUCAGUCUGCACUUUUCAUAACCAAUUAUCGUCACUCUCACCCUUGCCCGGACCACCCUCUUCAUUCCUAGAGUUAUGGGAUCGAGGGACACCACUGAGGACUUGGAUAGCUUUUUUAAUUCUUUAAGCUUAAACACAUUGGAUUUUUCUUGUCUAUUUUGAAACUUUUAUACAUUUUGUAAACUGAUGUUUCAGUUUAAAUAUAAUUUAAAGGCACUUGAUGAGGUAAGCAGUUAGGCUUUUAAAAGCACUUUUAAAAAUCAAGGUGAGCACCAUUUCACUGGGUCUGUGUGCAUUUCUACAUUUAUAGAAAUCUACUUGUUGGGUAACAUGCAGGUUAUGUGGGCAAUAAAUCUGUUACAUACUAAGUUAAAAAUUCAGUAUUAUAUUAUUAUCUGUCUGUUCAAUACUAUUUUGGUGUUUUCUUUUUGUAUUUGCACCUAAAAUUCAAUGAUUCAUAAGCUUACAUUUCGAUUUGUUGGGUUUGUGCGAACAUUUUUUUUUUUUUUUUUUUUUCAAACGUACAUUAUAUAAUAGUUUAAAUGAGACUUAAAUUAUAUAAUCUCAUUUAUAACAUUGAAUAAACCAAAGAGAUUUGAUGGGCUUGUUCAGUGAAUUGUUCAGAGAUUGGUGAAAUAAACAAAUGUCUUAUAAGUGGAAAAUAUAUUUUGUGGGUUGCUGCACAGCAUUGCCAUGUUGCAAAUACACACAUCAGUAUUUUUUCUUUUGAUAGAUUUCUUUUGUUUACCAUUUGUUUUUGCUUUGUUACUAACAAUGGCAAUUUAAAAUUCCUUCCAUGCAACUAAUGCAAUGAACACACCAGUCUGUAUAUUGCAUUUCAUCAGGUUGUAGUCUUAGUUGAGUUAUCAAGUCAAAGUUAGGACUGUAAUGUGAACUAGAGCUACAUGUUUUCAGUUCAUUUUCUGCCUUACAACAGUGAACUGUACAGCUGUACAACUGCAUUUUUUUAAAACCGCACAAUGUGUAUUUUUAGUGCUUAAUGGUAUGAUGUGCUGUUAUUUUUGUGAGCUGUUACUGAAUCAUGAUGCUGCAUUAAGUAACACUAUUGAAAUUUUUUACCACAUGUUGGUAAUAUGUUGGGAUCUGUUCUUCAGUACAGAUGAAUAAACAUUCACUUUGUCCUUUUCAACUGAAGUUUUAAUGACAGUUCUUUUAAUGACAAUAUCUGAC